GGGCGCUGUCCAAUGGGGACGCCGCUCUUUGGCCUGCGGACAGCCCGAAGCCGCACCCUGCCGCCGCGGAGUGAGGGAGAGGAGCAGGCGGGAGGGGCCCACUGAUUCGGCCACGGAGGCGUCCACAGCGGCCGCCUCGUUUUCGUCGUCCCUGCCGGAUCACUGAAAUAGUGCUAUGAAUGGUGAAUCUGGUGCAGAGGUGGUAACUUCACCGCCUCCCACAGCUCCUCAUAAAGAGAGGUAUUUUGACCGAGUUGAUGAAAAUAAUCCAGAGUACUUGCGUGAGAGGAACAUGGCUCCUGACCUUCGCCAGGAUUUCAAUAUGAUGGAGCAGAAGAAGAGAGUCUCCAUGAUUCUUCAGAGCCCAGCAUUUUGUGAAGAAUUGGAAUCUAUGAUCCAGGAGCAGUUCAAAAAAGGAAAGAACCCAACAGGAUUAUUGGCUUUGCAACAGAUUGCAGACUUCAUGACAACAAACGUGCCAAAUGUCUAUCCAGCAGCACCGCAAGGGGGAAUGGCUGCCUUAAAUAUGAGCCUGGGCAUGGUGACGCCAGUGAAUGAUCUCAGGGGGUCUGAUUCUAUUGCGUAUGAGAAGGGAGAGAAAUUACUUCGGUGUAAACUGGCAGCUUUCUACAGGCUGGCCGACCUGUUUGGGUGGUCACAGCUUAUUUACAAUCACAUAACAGUCAGAGUAAAUUCAGAGCAGGAACACUUUCUCAUUGUGCCAUUUGGGCUUCUCUAUAGUGAGGUUACAGCAUCUAGCCUGGUUAAAAUAAAUAUCCAAGGUGAUGUGGUUGACCGUGGAAGUACUAAUUUGGGAGUGAAUCAAGCUGGCUUUACCUUGCACUCUGCCAUUUAUGCAGCUCGUCCUGACAUUAAGUGCGUUGUUCAUAUUCACACACCAGCUGGGGCAGCGGUGUCUGCAAUGAAAUGUGGUCUCUUGCCUCUCUCGCCUGAGGCAUUAUCCCUUGGAGAAGUUGCUUAUCAUGAUUACCAUGGGAUUCUUGUGGAUGAUGAGGAGAAAGUGUUGAUUCAGAAGAAUCUGGGGCCCAAAAGCAAGGUUCUCAUCCUCAGAAAUCAUGGUUUGGUAUCUGUUGGAGAAAGUGUUGAAGAGGCAUUCUACUACAUUCAUAAUCUGGUAGUUGCUUGUGAGAUCCAAGUACGCACUUUGGCCAGCGCAGGGGGCCCAGACAAUUUAGUGCUUCUGGACCCUGGAAAGUAUAAAGUGAAGCCUCGGUGUCAUGAGUCUCCAGAAGGGGAAGGGUCAGCAUCUCAUCCAAAAUGGCAGACAGGAGAACAGGAAUUUGAAGCUCUCAUGCGAAUGCUUGACAACUUGGGUUACAGAACUGGCUACCCCUACCGAUGCCCUGCUCUGAGAGAGAAGUCUAAAAAAUUCAGUGACGUGGAGAUUCCUGCUAGUGUCACAGGGUACUCUUUUGCUAGUGAUGGGGACUCGGGUACUUGUUCCCCUCUGCGGCAUAGUUUUCAGAAGCAGCAGCGAGAGAAGACAAGGUGGCUGAAUUCUGGCCGAGGAGAUGAUGCUUCUGAAGAAGGGCAGAAUGGCGGCAGCCCCAAGUCGAAGACUAAGGUGUGGACGAACAUUACACACGAUCACGUGAAACCCUUGCUGCAGUCUCUCUCGUCCGGUGUCUGCGUGCCAAGCUGUAUUACCAACUGCUUGUGGACUAAAGAGGAUGGACAUAGAGCUGCCACCUCUGCUGUCCCAAAUUUAUUUGUUCCAUUGAACACUAAUCCAAAGGAGGUUCAAGAAAUGAGGAACAAGAUCCGGGAGCAAAACUUGCAGGAUAUUAAAACUGCUGGUCCACAGUCACAAGUUCUUUCUGGGGUUGUUGUGGACAGAAACCUUGUGCAGGAUGCUCCCCUCUCAGACUGCACGGAAACAAUUGAAGGGCUCGAUCCCACAGAGCAGGCCUUUAGUCCCGCUAAAUCUCUGUCUGUUAGAAAGGGAGAACUGGUGACAGCAUCCAAAGCAAUAAUUGAGAAGGAAUACCAGCCCAGAGUCAUUGUGAGCACAACAGGACCAAACCCCUUCAACAAGCUCACAGACAAGGAACUGGAAGAAUAUCGCAAAGAAGUGGAAAGAAAGCAGAGGCAGUUGGAAGAAGACUCAGAAGAUGCCAGCCAGCAGAGAGACAAGAAUGCUGUUGACUACACUGCUGCUUGUAUCCCCCCCAGCACUCCAGCCAAGCUCCAGGAAGAGCCUGGUCAGGCUUACAAAGAUGACAGUGACGCUGCAACUUUAAAGCAAAGCCUCCCAGACCUCACCCCUGAUGAGCCUUCUGAAGCCCUCAGCUUCCCGGCCUUUGGAAAAGAAGAGGAAGGUAAAGACGAUAAAGAUCUGGCCCCAGGCCAGGCUGAGCAUCCUGCUGAAAACCAAGACCCCCAAGUUCAGCCUGGUGAAGAUGUGUUGCCCCCGCAGGCUGAGGAAGGGGCAACAGUGGAUGUGGGCAGUGAUGAGUCUCCUGGGAAGUCUCCGUCCAAGAAGAAGAAGAAGUUCCGUACGCCUUCCUUCCUGAAGAAAAACAAAAAGAAGACUGACUCCUAAACACCUCCAGAAAUGCUGUCAUGUGUUAGAAUUUUAAGUUCAUUAACCACUAGAAUGUAUCAGAUUGUACUGAGUGUUUUUUGUCUUAUGUAAAAAGCUGAACAAGUAACACCCUCAAGUUAUAGCUUGAUUGCUUCAGAUUAUAAUGGAAAAUUAACAAGCAGAAGGUGCUAACCCCGUGUAUGUUGCAGCAGCUGAAUUGGUUUAUUCCUGUAUGUAAACAGCAGAAGAAGACACUGAACUACUGUGUGUAACUUUUCAAACCCACGUUGCUUUAUAUAUGAAGGAAGCUCUUCCCACAGUGUCCUGCUUAAAGUGCGCUGCUAUCUGCUCACUCUAAAAAUUAUUCUUGUUCCAGAGCCUCCUUUGGUUUCCAGUGGCUUCGGAAACACUGACCAGUGGGUGAUUCUGUGUUUAUAUUUUUGAGGAUUUAUAUUAUUGGACUGAAUAGAUCUGCUUCUACGCUGCAUCAAUGCUGUCCUGAGGCGUUAAAGAAUGCCGCCUUCCUCAGUGGUAGCAUAGCUGAGACACUAAACCUGCUUGUGUUCUCUAAGAAGAACGAGGCGGCUCUUCUUUCCUGCUGAGCCCUCUGCCUGUUUUUAAUGAAGUUUCAUGUAAUCUAUUCCACAGAAAGAUGAUCUUUUUCACUGACUUUUUCCCUAGCAAAUAGUAUUCCAACUCCUCCUAGAAAUCCGAAGAUUAGUCUUGAGAGAUGGGUAAGAAAAUACCCUGGUAGCCAACGUGGACCUUGGUCCAAGUUGUGGCCUCCUGCUCACAUGCUUUAAUAAGCUCAGACAUGAUUAAUGGCUGCCGCAGCAGCUGCUGGUUCUAGAGUGUCUGCAGCCACGUCCAGUUGUGAUUAGAGCCAGGCCAGGAGAGCCCUGCCAAGGUUUGCCGUAUGCUGGCAGCAAGUGGCAGGUCUUGACAGAACUCGCCCUGUUCGCUUCUGCUUCCCUGCAGCCUCUUAUUUAAGCAGGGUUGCGGGAGUGAAUGUUAUAGAAACAGUGAACAUCUUACUCUAAUAACUGGGAUUCCUUCAGAUCUUAAAAUCUGAUUUGCAUCGGAUUGUAACAGAAGCAUUCACAUGUGACUUGAGGUCAGCAGGACCUAAGAGAUUUCUUUAACGAAUGAAUUAAAACUCAGUGUAAAGGCUGUGUAAUGAAAAAAAUUAGAGCUUGGCGUAUUUGAAUGCCUUACCUGGGGGGAUGAGUUCAGUGACUUCAUUAGAAACAGAACGCCUGAAUUAAGCUCCACAUUGGUAUCUUGGAGCCAUUGGAUAGAACAAUGCACAUUUACCUUGGUAAGACUGAUUCCGAAGAUUUAGAGGAAGGUCAGGGUCGAUGGUCAUAAUGCCACCGCUGCAGGAAAAUUGGCAGGCAGCAUCACUGCAGGAAGAGAGUAGCGACCGGAACUGGAAUGUUUCCUGUGGACUCUGCAUGGCAGUAACAGCUUUCAGCUUGUUUUCUAACUUUGUAUGUCCUGUGAACACUAAGCAGCCACCGAUCCUGAUUUUGCUCCGCUGUGUCUCAUGACCUGGGUUGAAAUUGCAUCACAAAAGCCACUGCUUCACGUUUCUGUUAGAAAACGUAGGGACUUUUAUCUUUUUGACCACAUAUGCAAUGAUUUUGAAGUUCUAAUUUUGUAGUUCUUGAUUCUUUGUAUUACAAUUUGAGGCCUAGUUGUGUCUGGUGUGUGGUACACACAGGGUGGGUGGGAGGGAAGUGGAAGAGUUCUGUAUUUUUUCUUCCUUUGUUGUAUCAUUCAGUUGUACACACAAAUAAAACUAUUCAAAGGA